AUGGGGGGGCCAGCGAAGAGAAAUGGAUGGACUGCUGUGAAGAAGCUGAAGAGCAAGAAGCUCUCAGAGUUUCUAUCGCCACUCCUAGGCCAGAAUGUGCUUCCUCGCGCUGUUAUGGCGAAGGGUCGAGCUGCGCCCCUGAGCUCUGCCCAUAUUCACCAUCUCGAUAUAAGUCUUCUCGUUCUCUUCCGUCUCGUCUUCAGGGAAGACUUGACCGACCACAUGCAUUCGAAGGAACAAGGCUUCUUAUCCGUAGCCUCGACGCACAAGACCAUGGCUUCGAAAACUGUUGCAGCCAAGAAUCCACCGAUCUACCACGCUGUUCUUCAACGUGUCCCAUAG